AUGUCGGUAACAGCAGGUGUUAGUGAUACUGUGAUUGCAGUCAGGGAUAAGCUCAGAGGUAAAAUUGGGCAAACAAAAGUUAAACGGUAUUGGCCUGGAAAAGCUCCCGAGUGGGCAGAUGAUGCCGACGAAGAUGGGGAUAUUAGGAUGUCCGCAGCUGCUUCAUUGGAGAAAGCUUUCCCCACUGAGGAAUAUUCUGAUGUUGUCAGAAAAGAUGAUCCUAGACUGCGCCGUUUGGCUGAGAGCAGGAUAGAUAAUCGUGAGGAUGCUCGAGCUGAUCAUAGGCGUAUCCGGCAAGCUGAGAUUGUUUCAACAAUUGAAGAAGAAACCAAGAGGCAGGAAGGGUUAGAAGCGGAGGAAGAGGACGCAGAUGCUUUGGAGGAAAGAAGAAGAAGGAUCAAGGAGAAGUUGCGUCAAAGGGAGCAAGAAGAAGCUCCACUCCUGUCGGAAGAUGAGGAAGAAGUAAAGGAAGAGGAGGAAGAGGAGUCUGAGUAUGAUACUGACUCAGAAGAAGAGCUUACUGGUAUGGUGAUGCUGAAGCCUGUCUUUGUGCCUAAGUCAGAGAGAGAUACUAUUGCUGAACGUGAGCGACUUGAGGCUGAAGAACGAGCCCUUGAGGAAUCAAGGAAGAGGAAUUUGGAGGAAAGGAAGAGGGAGACAAAGCAGAUUGUGGUUGAGGAGAUUCGGAAGGACGAAGAGAUUCAGAAGGGUUUGGAACAGGAAGCAAAUAUUGCUGAUAUUGAUACUGAUGAUGAAGUAAACGAGGCAGAGGAGUAUGAAACUUGGAAGGCAAGAGAGAUUGCCAGGAUCAAGAGGGAUAGGGAAGACCGGGAAGCAAUGAUAAAGGAGAAGGAAGAGAUUGAAAGGGUUAGAAACAUGACAGAGGAAGAGAGGAGGGAGUGGGAGAGGAAGCAUCCAAAAGCUGCACCACGACCAAAGCAGAAGUGGAGAUUUAUGCAGAAAUAUUACCACAAGGGUGCUUUCUUCCAGUCAGAACCUGAUGACUAUGCUGCAACUGUUGGAACAGAUGGAAUUUACACACGUGAUUUCUCUUCCCCAACUGGAGAAGAUAAGAUGGACAAAACAAUAUUGCCCAAGGUCAUGCAGGUCAAACAUUUUGGUCGUAGUGGAAGGACGAAAUGGACGCAUCUUGUCAAUGAGGAUACCACUGAUUGGAACAAUCCAUGGACGUACAAUGAUCCUCUUCGAGCGAAGUAUAAUGCUAAAAUGGCAGGAAUGAACACGCCUAUUGCAAAACCCAAAGGAAGCAAGAAAUUGAAGGAUUGGGAGUCUCGUUGA